AACAACCUGUCUGCACCAACUCUACAGAGCAUAAGAUCCGGUGGAUCACUCAUUGAUGGAGGGACUGUGGCGACUCCUGCUCCUGGGCUGGGCGUGUCACUUCCUGUCCUGUCCUGGUUUCAUUGUAGCCAUGAUCAUCGGUACUCCACAACAAUGUGAGAAAGCUGAGUUUGUCCCUGGCUACAACCUGGCAGGAGAAGGGUUCGACAUUGUGAAGAUGGAGCGGAAAGGCGCCUACGUGAUCAACAUGGAAGAGUGGAGGAAACCAAACGGCAGCUGCACUUUGGUGACAAACCGCUAUCUGGGUCGGAUUAAGCAGAAGCUUCCAGUGGCUAUGGUGGACUGGCGAGCCCUCUCCAAAUGCAAGAUGAGGGUCUCCAGUACCAAAUAUGAAUCCAGUGAAUCCCUUGUCAAUGACAGCACCUCUAGUGUCACAAACAACUGGAAAAUUGGCCUGAAUGUCCACAUCAACCCCAGUGUGAGCGUCGGGGCAUCCUUAGGAGGAACCCAUUCCCGUGAAGCCUCCUACGCCAUGCAGAAGUCAAAGGAGGACAAGUACAGCUUCGCCAGCCAUCAGGUCUACUGCAACUUCUACAGAUACAGAUUAGCUACUACAGUACCUCUUCACAAAGAGUUUCAACAAUCUGUGAAGAAUCUCCCUCAUGGGUACAGUCCUUCUACCAAAGCUGCCUAUCGAGAUCUGAUUGACACAUAUGGCACUCAUUACAUCACACAAGUCAGACUGGGGGGGAAAAUGAAGAGUGUCACCGCCAUCAAAAUCUGCCAAGCUUCGAUGAAAGGACUGUCGGACACAGCAGUGAUGGAUUGUCUGAGUGUUGAGGCCUCUGCAACAUUUGUGCAGACUGCAACAGUUAAGACAGAGUUCAGCACCUGCAAAAACCUUAAAAAAAAGAUAGGCACCAGUAACAGCUUCAGCAGCAUGUUCAGUGAACGUCACUCUGAGAUUGUGGGAGGAAAGAGCGACACAGCCGACCUGCUUUUCUCAGGUGGGUCUGAUCCCAAAGCAUACAACGGUUGGCUGGAAUCCUUGAAGACCAUCCCUGAUGUGGUGUUCUACUCUCUGAAGCCCCUUCACAGCCUGCUGAGUUCCAAAGAGCCGGCCAAGGCAGGACUGAAGAAAGCAAUAGAGGACUACAUCCUGGAGAAUGCCCUUGUGAAGAAAUGCUCUGAAUCUUGCAGGAUUGGAAGAAGGAUGAGUGUCAGGGAUCGCUGUGCCUGUGUCUGCAACGGAAAUAAAAAUAUCAGAUCAAACUGCUGCCCUGUUGGAAAAGGACUGGCUACACUGAGAGUCUAUGGCCUCAAAGGGAGAAAAUUAUAUGGGGACCUGGUGACCCAAACUGAUGGCUCAGUUGUAGUUUCCUAUGGAACACAGGAAAAACGCACUGAAGUGAUUAAUAACAAUGACAAUCCAAACUGGCCGGAGUCAUUUGAGUUUGGCCCCAUCAAGAUUGACAUGGCGACUCGACUCAGUUUUAAAGUGUAUGACGCAGACAGUUCCUGGAACAGUGAUUUCCUUGGGGGUUGCUCUGUUGAACUCCACCGUGGGACUGAGAGCAACUCCUGCAUGUUUCGAUAUGGCACCUUCCUCUUCUCCUAUCAUGUGUCGUGCGCCCCAAGCCUGGGUGGCCCAAAGUGCUGGGACUACAUUCCCUCUCCCAUGAGCACCUCUCUGGAGAAGAAGUUCCACUCCAGAAAUGGGGUCUUUGCUGGGGAUCGCUGGCAGGAGGUGCUACGCAGUAAUCACUCUUGAGUUGGAGACCACAUCAUUGGCUAUAAUGAUCUCAGUGGUGAAUAAGAAAAGUGUGGCAUUACAUGCAGCCUAUUGCCGUGCACUGCAGCUUCCUAUAGACCAGGCCAUCUCUGCAGCUCCAUCAACACAGCUAAAAAUAGCUCCAGAAAGCACUGUACAAGUAUUUGGUCACCAGCAUUUACAACAAAAAUUCUUCCUCUAUUGGUGUUGACUUAUUGAGUGUUUCAUAAUAAGGUUCAAGACAUCAAACAUGGUAAUUCCCUACUGUAUCCAUAUUAAUUACC